AUGACCGACACUACCCUCCAUCAAAUCUCACACGCCGUCCAGCACGGUGCAGGUCACUUCCACUCCGACCCAGCCGUUGCCGAUCUAGAGCACCAGGUGGCAACCCUCGUCCAGAGAGUCGAGCUUCAGGAGAAGCAGGCCGCAAAGCUACAGCAUUUUGUCAUCGACCAGGGCAGCUGGCACACCAACGAUGUGCGAUCCUGGCAGAAGCCCGAGGAGAAGACCUCUGGCCGCGUCAACUUCUCCCAGAAGUUUAGCCAGGUGCCCAAGGUGACUGUGAGCUUGCGCUCCGUGGAUACCAACAAGGAUUACAAUACCAGGGUGAAGGUCUACACGUCCGACAUCGACAAGACUGGUUUCACCAUUCACGCUGACUCGUGGAGUAACACCCAGCUGUAUUCCGCUGGCGUGUCCUGGGUUGCGAUUGGGCAGUAA